AAUACUAAAUACGAUGUGUGGCCGAACAUGUUUAACACUUGAUCCUGAUUGUAUUGUGCAUGCAUGUAAAUACACCGCCUCGAAUUCAAAUAGCAGCAAUGACGAAGAUAAGCUAUUCCGAGAACCCGAAUGGCGAUCUGAGUUUAACUGUGGCAAGAAAUUCCAACCUAGCCAUAAUAUUGCCCCGACAGAUAUGACCCCAGUCAUUGUGUCGGGAGAACACUUCCGAAGCACUGAUGAAGGCGAUUGUCCGGAAAGAGUCAUUGUCCCCAUGAUGUGGGGAAUGAUACCCUUCUGGCAUAAGGGAGACUAUCGCAAACACGGUUUGACAACAAACAACUGCCGGCUAGAACAUAUGCUUGAAUCGAAGUUGUAUCGCGGACCCUUUCAAAAAGGACAGCGUUGUGUGAUUUUAUGUGAAGGUUUCUACGAAUGGCAGACCACCAAAACAGCUAAACCGUCAAUGAGAGAAGCCUACUACCUCUACAUGCCCCAAGUCGAUGGGAUUAAGAUAUACGACAAUAAAACUUGGUCAAGUGACAAUGUGAAUCUCAUGAAAUUGGCUGGACUUUUUGAUAUUUGGGAAGAUGAAAAUGGAGAUAAAAUAUUCAGCUAUUCCGUUAUUACAUUUGAAUCAACGAAAUUGAUGUCUUGGUUGCAUCAUAGAAUGCCUGCUAUUCUAGAGACCGAAGAACAAGUUAAUGAUUGGCUUAACUUCAAAGAAACAUCUGAGAAACAAGCCUUGGCUGCCUUAAGGCCCGCUACAAAACUAGAAUGGCAUCAAGUUUCAAACUUGGUAAACAACUCAAGAAACAAGUCAGAAAAUUGCAAUAAACCAAUUGAUUUGUGUCCAAAAAAAGAAAUCCCUACUAAUAACUUAACCAAGUGGUUGGUGCGGAGAAAACGUGAAGAGGAAAUUAAAGCAGAAAUUGAAAAAGAUACGGAAACUGAAGAGCAUGAAACACCCUCUAAACGUAUGAGAAUAAAACGAAAAGUAAGCGACGAUGAAUCUAGUUGUGUUGAAAAAUAAUUAAAAAUCCAUUAAAAAAAAAAAAAAAAAACAAUAAAA